CUAACUUGCAGUGCGCUAAGUUCGACAUUUCCAUUAUCGUUCGCACGUUCAAGAUCUUUUUUUUUUCCUCCUUUAUUUUCUUUUCUAAGUCGGUUUUGUAGCAUUGUCACGUCAUUUUAACGUCGUCUGGUGAUGUACAGAAAAUCAGGACAUGUUUUAAGAGGAUAGUGUGCCAGACAUCUAAUAGGAAAGGAUACAGUGUUAGUUCAUCGGUUACUGGGGUUGCGCAAAAAUGGUUCUGCCAGCAUCUAAUAACCAGCCAGGCUUCCAUUGUCCACUUUGUCAGGAUACAUUUGACUCCAGCAGAGCAUUUGAGGAGCACAAAGCAACAGCACAACAUCGAGUUCGUUGGCUCAAGCACUGGUAUCAGAAUAACAGACUCCUGUUGGCAAAGAAUAAAAAUGGAAUAGUGAUUUGGCCACAGGACAACCUUGACAAUGUCAGAUUUGAGGAGAGAAGUGGAACAGUUUCUGUCACGCUGAGCCCAGGAUCUCAGAAGACAUUCCCCCUGAUUUUGAAGAACACAGGAAGUUGCCCAGCCAUUCUCCGGCAGAUAGAGUUGCUGCACGCCUGUCAGCUUGUGUCCAUUACCGACUCCCAUGGGGUAUCAAAGGGAGAGAGAUAUGUCCGAGUCUUCCAGAUGUUGAGUAUGCCGUUGAGUGCCAUACACAGGCAGGCACUUUAGGUGUUGAACAAGUACCUGUUGCUUUCCAGUUCCGAUUGGAAGAUUCUUCACAGCCGUUUUUUAUAAUUAGGACAAUACAAGUGAACGUAGAGGACACUAUAGCUCAAGAAUCAGCAGCCACAAGCCCAUUUGAGAGACAAAGGUCAGGAUACGCAUUCCCAAGACCGAUC